GUUUGGCUUUGUAUGAGCUGGAUGUCUUGUCUUAUUCAUGUUUGCUUGCAAACGUACAGAUCUCUUGAUUACUCAUCUUGAUUGAAAAUCAGGCCAUGUUUUGCUCGAGAAUCUUUUCAAGUUGCUCCCUUACCAUGUCAUUGUCACGUGGUGUGUUGAGCAAUCUCCGUCACGUCACGCCUGAAACAAGUGCAUGCACACCUCAAGAUGAACAAGUGAGCACGGCCGGUAGCAAGUCACCAUGGACAUGGAGGUCGCAUGGUUCCUCCUGCCCCUCCUCGCCCUCUUCAUCGCUCUCCUCGUCCGCUUGGUAGCGGUGCACCACGGCGCCUCUAAGCCCAAGAUCCCGCCGGGCCCGAUCGCCGUGCCGCUGCUCGGCAGCCUGCUGUUGCUGCGCAACUCCCUAGUCGACGCGGAGCACCUCCUCCGGCGCCUCGUCGCGCGGCACGGGCCCGUCGUCUCACUGCGCGUCGGCUCCCGCCUCUCCAUCUUCGUGGCGGACCGGCGAGUGGCCCAUGCUCUCCUUGUGGAGCGCGGCGCCGCGCUGGCCGACCGCCCGUACCUCGUCAUCAACAGCGGAUGCACCGUCUCGGGCGCCAGCUACGGGCCCGCCUGGCGCCUCCUGCGCCGCCACCUCGUCUCCGAGACGCUGCACCCGUCUCGUGCCCGCCUCUUCGCGCCCGCGCGCGCCUGGGCGCGCCGCGUGCUCCUGGACAAGCUCCGGGAGCGGGAGCCCGGCCCCGACGGCGGCGGGGUCUUGGUCAUGGACGCGUUCCGGCACGCCAUGUUCUUCCUCCUUGCGCUCAUGUGCUUCGGAGAGAAACUCGACGAGGCCGCCGUGCGGGCGGUCGGCGCCGCGCAGCGCGACUGGCUCAUGUUCGCCGCGCGGAAGACGAGCGUCUUUGCCUUCUUUCCGGCCAUCACCAAGCGUCUCUUCCGCGGGCGUCUCAAGACGGCCCUGGCCUUGCGGCGGCGGCAGAAGGAGAUCUUCCUGCCGCUGAUUGACGCGCGGAGGGAGCGCAAGAAGCAGCAGAUGCAGAUCAAGCCAGUGCCAACGGAGGAGGACACGACGCUGGAGCACUCGUACGUGGACACCCUGCUCGACAUCAAGCUGCCCGGCGAGGCGGAGUCCUCGCGUGCGCUCACCGACGACGAGAUGGUCAGCCUGUGCUCCGAGUUCCUCAACGCCGGCACGGACACGACGUCCACCGCGCUGGAGUGGAUCAUGGCGGAGCUGACCAAGAACCCGCGCGUCCAAGAAAAGCUCUACCACGAGAUCACCAAAGCGCAGCAGCAGAGAGGAGACGGAGACGAUGAGGAGGUCAGCGAGGAGGAGACGCACGGCAUGCCGUACCUGAAGGCCGUGGUCCUGGAGGGGCUGCGCAAGCACCCGCCGGGGCACUUCGUGCUGCCGCACAGGGCGGCGGAGGAUAUGGAGGUGGGCGGGUACCUGAUCCCCAAGGGCGCUUCGGUGAACUUCAUGGUGGCCGAGAUGGGCAGGGACGAGCGGGAGUGGGAGAGGCCGAUGGAGUUCGUGCCCGAGAGGUUCCUGCCGGGCGGCGACGGCGAGGGGGUGGACGUGACCGGCAGCAGGGAGAUCAGGAUGAUGCCGUUCGGCGUGGGGAGGAGGAUCUGCGCGGGGCUCGGCGUCGCCAUGCUUCACCUCGAGUACCUGGUGGCCAAGCUGGUCAAGGAAUUCGAGUGGCAGGAGGUUGCAGGCGACGAGGUGGACUUGACCGAGAAGCCGGAGUUCACCGUCGUCAUGGCCAAGCCGCUACGCGCGCGGCUGCUGCCCAGAACCAGAUAACACUGUACUACCUACUAGUCCUCUGGGUGUUAGGUGCAGGAAGAAGAAGAAGAACAUACAGAGGAAGGCAGGGGAUGAGGUUCAGAGCACAGGAUGAGGAGAGUUUGGGUCCAGCCGGUUAACGAGCGAAGAGGGGGUGAACGUUCGACCACACCGUUGACAAGCAAUUUGGGGGCCACCUUUUUUUCCCCAGUUGCUAGUCACCAUCGAUAUGCAAUCUUUUGGACAUUAGAGCAACUCCAACGGGGGCGACCCAAAAGGACAGCGAUUUUGUCCGUUUGGGUCGACCGUCAGCCUGGUGUCCGCCCUGUUUUAGAUAUGGGUCGGCAGCACACCCAACGCGCCGAUGCAUAUAAGCGCGGGUUGGCCGCCCUAUUUUACAUUGAUGAAUUGCAUUCAAACAUAUUGUCAAAUAACAUAGUUUAAACCGAAUAAAAUAGUAUAGUUUUAUAA